AUGGCGGACUUUGAUCUUGGGGCGGCUUUCAUCCCCGCCCUCCACAAACCAUCGGAGCUUCUGCCAAUAGCGAAACAUCGAGAAUCACUUCUAUAUCUCGUGGAAGCUUCCCCUGUUACGAUCAUCGUGGGCCAAACAGGAUCUGGAAAAAGCACACAGAUUCCUCAAUUCUUGGCACACGCUGGGUGGUGUGCAAACGGAAAAAUCAUCGGAAUCACACAGCCCCGCCGAGUUGCUGCUACGACGGUUGCCAUCAGGGUUGCGGAAGAGUUCGGGUGCGAGAUCGGCAAAGAGGUCGGAUAUUCAAUACGUUUUGAGGAUGCCACCUCUGAGAACACUCGUAUCAAAUUUCUCACGGACGGACUUCUCAUCCGGGAAGCACUCGUCGACCCUCUUCUCUCUCGAUAUUCGGUGAUCAUGGUGGACGAAGCCCACGAAAGAUCCAUCAGCUCCGACAUAUUGCUCGGCUUGCUGAAGAAAAUUCGGAAGAAACGGCCUGAACUACGGAUCAUUAUCAGUAGCGCCACGCUUCAAGCUGAAGACUUUCGUCAAUUCUUCGCCGAUCCUAACGAAGAAUCCGGUGACAAAGAGAACAAUGACAUUGCGUCAAUUGUCAGCCUGGAAGGCAGAACUCACCCAAUAGAUGUAUUGUACCUCGACUCUCCCACUGAAGACUACGUCGAGAAAGCAGUGUCGACCGUCUUUGACAUUCACACGAAUGAACCCAAGGGCGACAUCUUAGUCUUUCUGACUGGAAGAGAGGAGAUUGAACAGGCGGUUCAAGCUGUCUCGGAGCGCUCGACUCAGCUUCUUCCGGGGUCCGACUCCAUUCUUCCUUUGCCACUCUACGCCGGUCUCACUACAGAACAGCAGAUGUAUGUGUUCGAGGAAGCGCCUGAAAACUUCAGGAAGGUCAUUUUUGCCACCAAUAUCGCCGAGGCGUCUGUGACGAUCAAUGGGAUCGUUUAUGUUGUGGACUCUGGCUUUGUCAAACUCCAGGCGUACAAUCCCCAAACCGGGAUUGAGAGUCUGACGGUAACCCCGGUGUCCAAGGCUUCUGCCGCCCAGCGGGCAGGCCGUGCCGGCCGAACAAAGCCCGGGAAAUGCUUCCGGCUGUACACGGAAGAAGGCUACCACUCCCUCCCCGACGCCAACAUCCCAGAGAUUCAACGAUCGAACCUUGCGCCGUUCAUCCUUCAACUCAAGGCGUUGGGCGUAGACAACGUCCUAAGGUUUGACUUCCUUUCGCCGCCUCCUGCGGAGCUCAUGACCAGGGCACUUGAGUUGCUCUAUUCGCUCGGGGCCUUGGACGACUACGCCAAGCUCACAAAACCAUUAGGGAUGCGGAUGGCCGAGCUCGCAGUUGAGCCCAUGAUGGCCAAAACCCUCCUCGCUGCCCCAUCUUUUGGUUGUUUGAGCGAGAUCUUGACGAUAGCCGCCAUGACAAGUCUCGGCGGGAAUAUCUGGAUUCAGCACGAAGGGGAGAAGAAGAAAGCGGAGAGCACAAAGCGGAAGUUCGCCGCCGAAGAAGGGGACCAUCUCACGCUAUUGAACGUUUAUCAAGCCUUUGUGACAAAAGGCCGCAAGGAAGCCCGGUUCUGCCACGAGAACCUCCUCAACUUCAAGCUCAUGGCUCGAGCGGUUAGCGUCCGGGCCCAGCUCAAGCGAUACCUAGAGCGGUUUGGUCUGAACGUCGACGAGUCCCUUGCAUCGAGCUCGACCUCUCCGGCAAACAACCAAGCACAGCAAAUUCAGCGCUGCCUCACGGCGGGUUAUUUCGCCCAUGCCGCAAGGAUGCAGCCGGACGGAACGUUUCGAAACGUGGCAGGGACGACAACGCUACACGCUCAUCCGAGCUCAAUCAUGUUCAAUCGCAAGGCGGACUGGGUGAUAUUUCACGAGGUCAUGGAGACGGGAAGCAAGACAUUCAUUCGGGAUAUCACCCGCAUCGAGAAGUCCUGGUUGCUCGAAUAUGCCCCUGAGUUUUACAAGACAGGAUGA